AUGGCUUCUUCAAAAGCUAAAGAGUCUGCUGUCCAAAAAUGGAUCGAUUCUGCCACCGGCUUACCCAACUUUUCGCGCCAUACAACCGCAAACCUCGAGACGCGAACUAUUGCAGGAGCAGAGCUCUACUACGAGGGCUUCUACGGCUCAAUUGUGGCCGCGGCGAAGGCGCUUGGCGUACCCUACAAGCGCCUCUAUUAUCGAGUCAAUGGGCAUCACUCAACGGCCGAGAAUGGGGGCAACCGUACCCUGCUUGAUCCCUCGGAUGAAGAGGAGGUAUUUUGCUGGGCACAUCGCCGCAUCACACAGGGGCACCACAUCCAGGGUCGUGCGCUCCAACAACACGCCAACGCCAUUCUCAAGGCAAAGGGCGUGGGAGCUACAGCAUCGCGAGCCUGGGCCAAGCGCUUUAUACAGCGGCAUAGAGAACUCUUCCACCGUCGAAGAGCAGCAGCGCGAGACAUCAAACGGAAGGCUAUGCAAGAUCGCAUCCACGUUGAGGCUUUUUUUCGCGGCUGGUCUCAAACGAUCGAGAAAGACGAGAUUCUCCCUAAGAACACCUGGAAUUUCGACGAGACGGGCUUCAUGGUGGGAUAUCUACAUAAAGGCACAUUUAUUUGGACCUUCCGCGAGAUUGAUACCCCUAUUUUAUCUGACGCUCACGAUACAGUGUCGGUCACAGCGAUUGAGGCUAUUUAUGCAGCUGGGAGUUGCAUUCCUUCGUUUGUGAUACUCCCUGGGGUCCAAAUUCCUGCCCGUUGGGUUAGCAACAGCCUUGACGACGAUACCAUCAUUUCAACCAGCCAAAAGGGGUAUAUUAACGAUGUCAUCGCGAUUGAAUGGAUCAGACACUUCGAGAAACACACGAGACCAGUUGAUCCACUUCAGAAGCGGCUUCUACUUAUGGAUAGCUGUGAUAAUCACUAUACAGAAGAGAUGGUUCACUUCUGCUUCGAUCACAACAUUAAGGUCUUCCCAAUGCCUCCCCAUCUUACACAUCAGCUUCAACCUCUUGAUGUCGGCGUUUUUAGGUCAUACAAACACUGGCAUCAACAAGUUCUACAUCGUGAGAUUGCUGACGGGGCAUAUGACUUUAACAAGUCCGAUUUUCUAUAUCAUCUUCAAGAGGUCCGCACUCGCACCUUCAAAAAGCACACAAUUCUCUCAUCUUGGCAGAAAUGUGGCCUCUUCCCAUUCAAUCCCGAGAUCGUGCUCUCUCAGCUUCAAGACACGCUCUCGUCGCUCACAGAAGAAGUGGCUAUUAAGGACCUGCCGGGCUCGAUCGAAAGCGAGCCUCAGGGCGGGCCUCAGGCAGCAAGACCAUCAACACCAUCGCCACACACGCCGCCCUCGAUUCAACGAUUCAACUGGAACAAUGUUUCAACGCCGAGACUCAACCUCUCUACGAUUCAGAGGUAUCACGCCUACGUACAGCUUCAAGGCGCGGAAAGCCGACAAAACCUCGCUCUCAACGGCAUCACCGCAACGGCCGAGAUGACGAAGAUAAAAGAGAAACAAGCCAAGCGCUCCAGUCUCCAGCAACAGACAACUAUUUCGCCCGAGACGAAUACAAUAGACAAGCGGCAAGAAGAGGAGGCACAGAGAGUCAGGAAUAAGGAGGUUCGCGACGAAGCUGGCUAUAUACGCCGCUGGCUUCGCAAGGUACGCUUCAACGUCAGGAUUAGCAUCACAGAGGCGAGGAUUCGAGACAUCAGAGGUCUCUGGGCCAAGGGCGACAAGCGCGCACACCUCAAUUGCAAUGAGUGGAUGUGCGCAAGCUACAGGAUUCUCCGCGAGCUACACAACCGCGGCGUAGGGCAAAGCAAGGCGAUCAUGUGGCCGGAGUACUAUGAUCGCGAGAUUGUAAAGGAAGCAGCCGAAUUAGUGGUGAUGGAGGCAAAUAAGCGUGCUAUUUGCCGUCAGACGCUUUCCUUGGAAGCUGACGGCAUCGAGAUGCGAUGA